AUGGAAUACAAUUGUAAGGAGUUUAAGGUAGGCAAAUGUGAGGGUGAGAAGUUGGUCGAUGGCGAAACUUUGCCGUUGGUGCUCACGCCGACCGAACCGAGCAAGAACGGUGUCGAGUCGUUACUUGAGGUUCUAGAGAACAACAAGGAAUGGUUCGAUGAGAUGGUGACGAAGAACAGUGCGGUUCUUUUACGAGGAUUUGAUGUGAAGCGCGCGGUUGAGUUCAAUGAUAUCGUGGAGACGUUUGGUUGGGAGGAUAUCCGUUACGUGGGACCCGCACCACGAACGCAUAUCCAUAAGAGGGUUUGGACUGCAAAUGAAGGCCCGCUUUCGGAGUUCAUCUACUACCAUCAUGAAAUGGUUCUAAUAAAAGAAUUUCCAAAGAAGGUGAUACUUUUCUGCGAAAUCCCGCCACCGGAGGGUGGAGAGACGCCAUUUGUGCCGAGCUUCAAGGUCACCGAACGAAUGUUGGAGGAGUUCCCGGAGUUUGUUGAGGAAGUUGAGGCGAAGGGAUUGAAAUACACGUUCACCGCUCUUAGCAACGACAACACGACCUCCAUGAGGGGUCGCGGUUGGCAGGACGCUUUUGCAACACAUGACCAACAAGAAGCUGAGAGAAGGGCAAAGGCUCUUGGGAUGGACGUCGAAUGGUUGGAGAACGGUGGGGUGAAGACAAUCCUAGGUCCAAGACCAUUGACAAAAGUGUUUGAGGGAAGGAAAGGGAGGCGAAUGUGGUUCAACACGUUGGUGGGGAUGCACGGGAAGGAGCUGAGCUCGGCAAUGAUGGCGGAUGGGACGGAGAUACCGGAGAAGAUAGUGAAGAGAUGUGAAGAGAUAAUAGAGGAUGAAAGCAUACAGUUUAAGUGGGAGAAGGGAGAUGUAUUGUUUCUGGAUAAUUGGGCUACACUCCAUGGAAGAAGGCCAUCAUUAGCUCCAAGAAGGGUUUUGGUUGCUACUUGCAAAUAG